UACCUACUCUGUGUUAUAAACCAAAACAAAUCUUGAGGAUAUUGCUUUGUUGUUUCUGUUGUAUUCUAAAUUCUAAUUUAUUAUAAAGAGUUUCAAAAAUGGCAAGAUUUUCUUUAAAAGACUCUGAUAAGUACUAUCUGUCGCUCUCAGAGCAUCCAAAAAGAUUUGACGCCGACAGCCCUGUUACAAAUGUUUUCUUUGACGACACAAAUGGACAGGUUUUCACUGUGAGGUCAGGUGGUGUAACAGGAGUCACAGUAAAUGGUAUGGAUGAUGCAAAAUGCACCUCCUUCAGAAUGGAAGACAAAGGACCUAUAAUCUCAAUAAAAUUCUCACCUGACCACAAAAUACUCGCAAUACAAAGAAACCUUGAUGGUCAAAAUGCUACUGUUGAAUUUGCUAAUUUCAAAGAGCUGGUCCCAACAAAUGUUGAGUACUCGCACACUUGUAAAUGGAAGAAUGGAAAGAUACUAGGCUUUGUGUGGCCGAGGGUUAAUGAGAUUGCUUUCAUCACUGAUCAUGGUAUAGAAUUGUUGCAAGUUUUGCCAGAUAAAAAACAAUUGAAGACCCUUAAGAGCACUACUUUUAGUGGUGCAUGGUUCUCAUGGUGUGCUCAAAGCAAUAUAGUAUUGCUGGCAGGCAACAAUGGUGCUUUACUGCAACCAUUCUCCUUGAACAACUCUACCAUCACAAAGUUACAGAAAUUGGAAGUGGAGUGGUCGCGGCCCGUGAUGGAGCGGGAUGUGUUUGUGUUGAGGCUGUGUGGCGCCGCGUGGUGCGCCUUGUUCCGCCACGCCGCCGCUGCGCCCACGGUGUCUGGCCCUACUGAGGUGUGGCUAAUGCCAAUAUCGGGUGGCGGAGGAACUCAGCAUGUUCUGAAGACGGGGCUGAUGGGUCGAUUUGCAGUCAGUGUUAUAGACCAUUUACUCGUUAUUCACCACCAGUCUAGUCAAACCUCCCAGAUUUUCGACAUAAUGGAAGAAUCGAAGCCAGAAAACAACGUAGUCAUCCACAUUCCCAUAGUGCAGGGAAUCUCCAUGAAACCGGCCGUGGUCGACGAUCAACUCUGCCCAAUGUACUCGGGCAACUGGGUGGUGUUCCAACCGGACUAUAUCAUCGACGCGCGGCUCGGCUGUUUGUGGCAAGUUAACCUCAUCCCUGCUGGACUCGCACAUUCGGUGCCAAAAGAUGAGGUAUCAAAAAUCGUGGCAGUACUACUAAGACGCAAGAAUGGCAAGGAAACGAUAUACAGGAUACUGAACCAACUAGUGACAGACGCUGGAGAUUAUCUGGUUGAAUUAACUAAAGCAUUUGACGAAAUUAAUUCCGUUUAUAGGAAAUGGGCGGACUUGGAGGUGGCGCGCAACACGGCCGGGCAGAGCGUGGACGCGGCAAAGGUCAGCGCGCACUUCCCUGUGCUGAUCUCACAGGCGGACGUGUGCACGCAUGUGCUGCAGGCGCAUGCGGACGACCAGUACUUAGUGCAGGUGGUGACAGCGUACUUGGCGUCGCUAUCUCGCCACGACAUGGUGGUGCAGCACCCGGUGGCGGAGCUGUGCGUGCGCACGCUGGUGACGCGCGGCGCGUGCGGCCGGCUGCGCUCGCUGGUGCGGCGCGGCUGCCUCGGCGACGCCAAGCCGCUAGCGUGCCAGCUGCUCAGCCUGGGACACAUCGACCCCGCCGCCGCGCAGAUCGCUCUCGACAUGAUGUGGCGGCUGAAGGCCUAUGGAGAUGUAGUGGAGGUGCUGCUGAGCUGGGACGAGCCGCUGAGCGCGGUGGGCGCGGCGCGGCAGUCGGGCGGCACGUGGCUGAGCAUGUCUCCGCGCAAGCUGCUCGCGGCUGCCAUGAGCCACGCGCGCGAGCGCGGCCAGCCCGCCGCCUUCCUGGCCGUCUACCACGCGCUGCUGGCCAGGAACGAGAGGACCAGGGGCUCACCGCACUUCCUCAAGACCGAACAAUGCGACAUUUACAUAGACUACUACAAGCAGCUCACUUCUGAAUCGUAAUGUGAAAGUCAUGGGUGAAUCUGACGUCAUUUCUCAAUAUUAGGGUCAGUCUAUACUAGCAACGAAUCGAAGCGAAUUUCUUAAACUCAACACAGCCUAUUGACAUAUCUCCACGUGUAAAGAAUCAAUACCAACCGAGAAAUAAUAAAAUGAAAUAAAAUUCGAAUUUUUCAUCUGGGCUUAGAGCUUGUGUUUUACGUGGUGGAUAUGGAAGUCAAUAUUAUGUUGUUUUAACUUUUAGAAAUUCGCUUCUAUUCGCUGUUAGCAUAAUUCGACAUUAAGUACACAUCUACACAUAUUCACUAUUUUUUACCCGACUAUUUUAGGUAAUAAUUGCGCGUUUCAUCAGAGCAUAUACAUGUGGUAAGAAAAUGCCUUUUUAAGGAUCCGUACUUCAGAAGGCAAAACGGAACACAUAAGGGUUCCGUUUUGCCUCCUGAGGAACCCUCACUUUGUUGUUUGUCUGUCUGUCGGUCUGUGGUGUCUGUCAAGAAAAUCUAUGGGCUACUUCCCGUUGACCUACGAUAAUGAAAUU